UUACAACGCCCUCUAUAUUAUUGUGGCUACCAUCAAAAGAUCAUGUUCAUUUCUCUCCUGUUCACGUUCACGUGAGACAUCAAUGGACUUGCAGCAAGUAUCCGGUACCAAGGAAGAUGGAUUGAAAUAAAAUAAAAAUAAACAAAUAUUGGAUUAAGUUAAGUUUUGAUUAAUAUUUUGAUGAAGUUUUAUUUUCUUACAAUACUUUGAAUAUUAAGCUAGAAGUGAUUUGAAUAUGUAAGGUUGCUCUGAAAGUAAUCUUAAAACUUGAAAAUGCAAUCAAGCAAAUUUAAUAGAAAGCCAGUAAGGCGAACUUUAACUCAGAUCAAUACAUCUACCACGCAAAAUUUCCCCAAAACUAGAGCUACUCAUGACACAAAUGUCAGAAGUAGUAAUAAAAGAGAAACAGUGCGCACCGAGUCUAACUCGCAAGAUUACCGACCAUAUUAUUCCUCCCAGGCCUCCAGUCGGGGGCAUGCAGGUCCUAGUGUAAUUCAGUCAGGCCAAAUUGUUCAGCAUGUGAUGAUUCCAGUACCAGUGCCAGUUGGAUCAGAAAUAAAUCCCAGUCUGUUUACUUCACAAAUUAUUACUGCACCACUGCAGGCACCCGUAAGUAUUAAUGAAAAUUCAAAUUCUAGCUACCAAGAGCAGGAUAGUCGACAUAGUAAGUUAAACCCUGCUGAUGACUUGAAUUACUAUCUGAGCAAAGAUAACAGUGCUAAGAAGGAAGGUAGAAAUUACAGACGAAGACAAGACUCUGGUUCUCCAGAUAGCUAUUCUAGUAGUAGUCACAGACCCAGAGAUAAAGAUCUUGAAAGAUACAUAGAUAGAUCCCCUAAAAGAAGGGAAAGGUCAAGAAGAACUUAUGGGCCAGUUCGAGAACGAGAUAGGUAUGAAAGGGACAUACAUAAUGACAAUUUAGAAAGACAUGACAGAGAAAGUGAGUCAAGAAAUAGAUAUUCAGAUUAUUUUAGAGAUAAAAGUCCUGUGUCUAGUAGGUCAUAUAGUCCUUCAACUGAGAUAUCUAUGAGUUCAAGAGAAAGGUAUUACCGAGAACAUACUAGAGAAGAAAGAAGCUUUAGGAGAAAUAGAUCCAGACAUAGUAGAUCACGGAGUAUCGAACAAAGUAGAGGUUCUUACCAUGAACAAGAACAUUCUAGGGAGUCCUAUCAUGCUAGAAAUGAAGAUAGAUCCAGGGAGGAAAGGCCAAGGUCACAUUCUAGAAACGAGCGCAGGGGCGGUGCAGUUUUGUUUGAGGAUGAGCAAGAAGUAAAGUAUGACAAUGAUGAAAGGAAAGUUGAUUAUAUGGAUCAUGAAGAACAUGAUACUAUAAGUGAUAUUUUUAAAGAAAGUAGGGAUAGAGAUGGUAGAGAAAGAGACUGGGAACAUGAAAGACAUAGAGACAUUGACAGGCCUAGAGAGUUGGACACAGAUUUGGAAGAAGGUGAAUAUGAUAGAAGGGAUUUGAUAGAAAACGAUUAUAAUAGAGAUUUAAGGGAAAGUGAACUUGAUAGAAGGGAAAGAGAACUUGAAAGAAUAAGGGAAUUGGAAGAGAUAAAGAGAGAACAUGAAAGGGAAAGGGAAUUAGAAGAAGAAGAAAGAGAACAUGAAAUUAUAAGACAACUGAAAGAAAAAGAGAGAGAACUUGAGAUAAUAAGGGACUUGGAGGAAAGGGAAAGAAUGAAAGAAAUGGAUGAUUAUAGAGAAAGAGAAGUGCAUGACUUGGAAAGAAGGAGUAUUCAUAGUCGCGGUAGUAGUGUAAGACAAAGAGAAACCGAACAGUUCAGUAGGUCUAGAGAGCAUUCUCAAUUAUCUGAACAUGAAAGUUAUGGCAAAAGAAGGCUGAGCCCUGUGUCUUUGGACAGAGUGAGCAGUAGAAGUAGUAAACUCAGGAGAGACUUAAGUCCUGUGUCAGUGUCCAUGUCUCAUGAUGAUUUGAAAAUUCAUGUAAGUGAUCAAGGUAGAUGGAUUGAAACUGAAAAACACGAGAAUGAUUUAAGUUCCGUUUCAGAUGAAUUUGAAAUGGAAAGGAAAAGUCAUGACUAUAAUAGGACUAUGGUUGAUGAUAAAGUUUAUGUUGCAAACGAUGGACAUAAAUCAAAUGAAGAUUACUUAGAUGCCACUGAUUUAGUUUCUGAUGAUGAAGUUAAUUACAAAGAUGAAAACUUUGACUACUUUAAGAAAGGUUUUGAAAAAGACAGACAUACAGACUUAAAAAGUGAAAAUCAACCGCAUAAACAUAAAGAGGUCAACAGCAGUACCAAUCUUAAGAUACCUAAUGUGUGCACUUAUUAUCAGAACACAAGGAAGGGAUGCAAUAAUCCACAAUGUGGUUUUCUUCAUGUUUGUAAGGCAAUGGUUUUGGAAAAUUGUAGAUAUGGACCAAAGUGUGUGAAGUCACAUGACUUCCUCUCAAACCAACCAUUUGAGCUACUAAAAAAGCAAAAUCCAAAUGAGGAUCUAAGAAGUCAGAACUUUUAUUGGAAAAUAAUUGGACUGCUGCAAAAAAGAAUUCUAGUUGAAUGUGGACGGACUGAUCUAAUUCCUGUUAUUGAAGAAAAGCAGCAAGCCAGACUUAAGGCUGUUGAAGAGUCAAAGAGUGUUACAAAAUAUGCUUCUGGACCAGGACAUGAUCUAAGGACACAGAUAGAUCAUUCUAAAAGAAGAACAUAUACUGAAAACAAACAAACUGAUUAUCAAACAAAGAGAGAAACCGUAGAAAAGUCUGUCAGUUACAAAAAUGUUACUGGUGUAAAGCAAAACAAAAACAAGCAUUCUGUUGACGCUAGAAAUCCAAAUGAAGAAAAGGAUCAAAAGAGCAGGGCAAAAUAUUCUAAAGAUAGUGCAAAAGAACAGAAUAAAGAUACCAGUGACAUCAGUGAUGAUAAAGAAGACUUGAGUUCUGUGUCAGGUGAUGAAGGCAAUUGGGAGGAAUAUGAGAAGUAUGAAAAAGUGUCUGAUGCUGGUAUGUCUAAUAAAGGAAAUAAAGAUGACGAGGAGCUGGAUAAUGUCAGCUCAUGUGGAUCACAUGAGAGCGAUUAUCGAGCAAUAGAAUUUUCUGGACCAGCCCCUGUCCCAGAAAACAUUGCAGUUCCAAUUGGCAUGAAUGAUCCACUUGUGUUCAAUAGACCGUUGGGAAGUAAGCUUGAAAACUAUGUUGGACCAUUAAAUAGGCCACCCCCAGGUUUUCCAAUAAAUCCUGCAGCAAUGGGCAGAGGUCCUCCAAAUCUUUCACAACCACCACCUGGACAUAUGGAUUCUCAUCAAGUUAUGGGAAUGAAUAGACCUCCAUCAAUGGGAAUCUUUCCUAUUCCACCUCCUAAUCCAAACUUGCAGAUGAGAGGUCAAAAUAUGUCCAUGUUCAGGCAAAAUUUUCCAGUUGGUGGCCACAAUAUUCCACCAGGUUCUAUUCUGCCUGGAGCCACAAAUAUCCAUGGAAACUUUGGUGGACCAAAUAUUAGACCAAUGAUGUCAACACCGCCCUUGCCAAGCCAUUUGCCCUCUCCAGAAUUUAUGAAACAGGUGAUUCAGUGUCUGCCAAAGAACACUUUUAAAAAUGAAAACACACCAGCUAUUGUUGAAGCCAAGGAAGAUAAAAAGAAAAAGGUUGAACUAAAUCCUGAACUGAAAGAAACAAUUAAAUCUGUGUGGAAGUUUCCACAAAAGACACAAGUGAAUAUGUCAGUUAUUGAAUUUGUGACAGAAACGGAGGCCUACAAAGAGGAAUUUAUAUCUGAGAUCAUCAGGAUUCUCGUAAAUCUUCAGUUGCCGUAUGUGACUAUGAAAAAACUUAUAUCUGUUAUCAAGGAAAAAGUGAUGAUCAAUAUCAAAUCAGAAGUGGACUUGAGAAAGAUUCUUGAUAUGUAUCCUUCAAAUUUUCAGAUUGAAGAGCAAGAAGAUUCUGAUGAUGAGGAUGAAAAAGAGUCAAAGAAACUUGUGAAAAUUAAGGCAAAUGUAACUCUUGGUUUCUGUGAAAAACAUGGAUUCUUGCCUUUCGCUAUUGGGAAAUGUGAAUGCAAUGCUUUACAUGUGUGCAAGUUCUACUUCCUGAGCCGUUGCCCAAAUAAACAUUGCAAGUUCGGACACAAACUGAAGACUGAACAUAACAUUGGAGUGUUGAAAAACCACAAGCUUCAUAGGCUCACUGGUGAAGAAAUUAUGAUUUUUUUAAGAGAUGUAGAAAAUCGUAACAAAGAAACAGUCCCAGCUGUGUGUAAAUAUUAUAUUAGAGAAAAAAGUUGUUACAAAGGAGACAACACAGACUUUGAUACAAUUUGCCAUGGACUACACAUGUGUCAGUAUGCAGUAAAGAAUAGGUGUACAAAUAAGGAAUGUGAAAAAUCCCAUAGCAUUAGGGACAUCCAACCCAAUAGUUUGUUAGUGAAAUAUGGACUAGAUCCAGAUGAAUUAGGAGAUGGUAAAGUCAUGACAAUGCUGAAAGAGGUUUGUCUUGCUUCCGAUAAGGAAAAAGAGAAAACAAAGAAAUCCUUCAGAGGAAAGGAAAGUGUCAAAACAGUUCAAAAACCUGGAGGUGUUCUUACUAAAAACAAGAACAGUACAGAAAAAGCUCAUAGCUCAAAAGUAACUACAAAAAAUAUGGGUACGGGAAUGGAGGACCGUAUAAAGAAAAAGAUAUCUGAUCUUGGACAAAAGAUUUACAGUAUUCCAGCAGUUUGCAAGUUCUAUCAAAAUGAGAUGGGAUGUAGGAAAAGGGAUUGGGGACUAGAUGGAAAAUGUCACUUCCUUCAUAUCUGUCAGUAUUUUGUUAUUGGGGAAUGUAAGUUUGAGGAAAAUUGUAAGCGCUCGCAUGAUCUGUUCUCUGGCCAGACUUCAGAGACAUUGAAAAAGUAUAAUAUUGAUACUGAUGUGUUUGACAGAUAUGAAAUCCUAGAACUGUUGAGAAAAUCUUCAGAUGCUCCAAUUGCAAUACCACAAAAGGAGGAAGAGAGAAAUUAUGAAGUUAUUGAAAACAAAGACGCUGAUCACCAUGUUAAACAAACAAGUGCUUACAAAGAAGCAAUUAAAAAGGCACAGGAAAGAAUGUUAAUUGAGAAGGAUGAUGUUGAAGAACAAGGGAAUGUAGAAGAAAUGGGUUCAUAUGAGCCAAUGAACAUUGAAGCUGCAACAGCAAAGUCAAUACUAAAAAACAAGAUUGCUAAACAUGUUGAAAGUGAAAAGCAAUUGUUCCAAAGUUGUAACAUAGAGGAUGUCAUCAAACAUAUUAUGGAGGAAAAGAAAGUAGAUUUGACCAAAAAUCAGGAUAGGUGUUAUGGGGAAGAGGGUCACAGUGGAGCAAAUAUUGGAGAUUGGGAAUCAGGUCAUGAAAGUGAUGAAGGGGAAGAGGCUGAAACAAAAAAAAGUUAAACAUCAAGGUGAAACAGAAACAGGCGUAUGAAAACAACAACUGGAUUUAGUAUAACAAAGAGAAGAAAAGGGUUGAAAACGCUGCAAUAAGUGAUGAGGUGGAAGUUUCAAAUAGUGGAAGUGAGUUACAUGUGUACUUAAGGGUAGUGCUUCUGUAUCUUUGUGUUCUCAUAAAAGCAUUUGGUACAAGAUGGGAUAUAUACAGUGUUAGUGGAUUUAAAAAGUGCACAUUUUUUCAUUGCAUUAAACUGGGCAUUAAGUGUGGAAAAAAGGAAAAAGUGUUAUUUAAAAUUCUGGAUAUGAACAAGUAUGUAUACUUGUGAUUCAGAUACCUGUGAAAUAAAGUGUAGUUUUUAAGUGAAAACAAGAUUAAAUGUUUUCAAGUGAUAUUUUUUCUGUAAAUAUGUGAUUAAGUGGGAGGUAUAAAAAGCUGAGAUGUUCAAAUGAAAUUUGAAAUUAUUUUUUUGGAGGUACCACAAACCUUUAUAUAAAUACAUUAUAGUAAAUAAUAUAUAUCUUUGCCAUGUUUGUCUUAUUGUCAUUGUUGCAAUGAACUGAUUGAUAUAUUUAGGGUGUAGUUCGGCUUGAUGGUUGACCAUAGCUUUAAAUAUAUAAUUGAAUUUAAUUUAUUAAUUUGUAAGUGUCGAGCAAUCAAAUAAUUGAACUUAUUGAUUAAAGUCACUUAAUAAAAUUAAUAAUAUUAACUCCGAUAGUUCAUCCUCUUACAAGUUUCUUGACUCAGAUACAUGUAGUUUAUCCUCUUACAUUAGCUUCUAUGAAAAUCGUUUGUUUGUUCUAUUCAUGUAGCUGUAUAAGUAUGUAUUAAUUGAAUUAUAAUUGUAUUUUAUUGUAAACACUUAUCAUGGUACUAUGAAAUUCUAGAAAUUCAGAAAAUGAAGAAUGGAAAGAAAUUAUUGCAGUUUUUUCUGAAAGUUUGGAGAAAAGCAAGCAAUCUUACUUUCAGUAGCAAAUUCCCAAUUGUACAUGUAGAAAUGUUAAUCUUAUAUAAAUUAAAUAGCAUGCACGUCACAAGUAAUUCGUAUACAAUUUACACGUUAAUUGAACUUUGUUCAAAAUAUGUUUAAGGUUUUUCUUCCAUUGAAGUGUAUUGAAUAUCGAAUAUUAAUGAUAGUGGUUCUAGUUGUUGUUGCUUAUAUAUAUGUUUUCUUGUACGUCUGUAUAUAAACAGUAAAUCUUCA